AUGAUGAGCCUGGCGGAGGAGCUGCUGACUAAGAAGGGGCUGAGCCUGAAGGACCUUCACGAGGAGCAGGAGGAGUAUGCAGAGACGGGGGACAAGGUGGCCAUCCCGAAGGACAAGCGGCCGGUGACAAAGCACUGGAACUGGGUGGGCCUGGCCAUCUUCCUCUACUACUUUGGGGCGCUGAUUUACUACAUCAUCAUCCGCGCCACCAAGACCCUGAACAUGGGCUACCUCGGCUACGGCAUCCUCGUGCUGCUGAUCGAGAUUGUCUCCUCAACUGCCACCAUCGGCUACGCCGUGCUGCUGGUCAAAUACUCCAAAUCGCGGCGCACUAAGGGCCUGCCAAUCGCCAAGAAGGGCCAGCAGCCGGACCUGGACAACCUCGCGUUCCACGUGCGCGUGCUGGUGCCGUGCUACAAGGAGAGCGUCGAGCUGGUCAAGAUCACGGUGCUGGGGGCGGUCAAGGCGCCCCUGCCGCGCAACACGCUGCGGACGGUGUACCUCUGCGAUGACGGCAAGGUCAGCAGCUGGCAAGGCCCUGUGUAG